ACAACAUUAUUAGUUAGUCAUAUACUAUCAAGGUUAGCGUAACAUACACGUAUAUAAUAACACUCAUUUGUUUCACCGUAAAUUAUGGGCGCGUGUUAAAAUUAAUUUUAAAAAUUUUUCAAGUAUUUUUACGCCCAACUAACCACUAAAAAUCAAUAAAAAUAAAAAAUUAAAUCAACCGUAAAAAGACAAAGUUCUUUAGAGCAUGGACGAUGCGGAAAAUGACGGCCGAGAUUACAGUGAAAAUAUCGAUGAAGGACCAACCAGUAACGUCGAAACCGAGGGCUUUUUCUCCUCUGAUAAGAAAGACCCGAAUAAAGAUGAGGAGCCUGACAAAGACGGUAAAAUAAAAACAGAAAUAGUUAAGCCCGCGACUAUGGCCAAAGGACCCUGCGUAUGCAAAAGGAAGAUGAAGGGCACUAAACAUUGUAAGAGAAAAUUCAAACGAAAGUCAAGCAAACGCCGGUCGCUUAAUCCCUUUAUUAUAUUCUAUCUGCAAAUGUACUACAAAAAUCCGAGUAAGUGCAUUACUGAGAUCGCCUGUCAGGCUGGAAAAAUUUGGAGCAGCAUGACCAGGCAGCAAAAGGAGGAAUAUAUCAAAAAAGCCAAAUCUCGUAAUGGAAAAGCUUUCAAGACUGAAGAUGGUGGCAAAAUAAAGAAGGGGAGGAAAAGGAAGAAGAUUAAGUCUGAAGAUAAAAAAAUUAAGAAGGAGGUUAAGAAAGAGAGGAAGGAUUGUUGAUUUGGAAAAUGAUCACAAAACAUCAGAGUUGGACGCAAAUAAUAGAAUAUAUAA